CUAGGCUCGAGCCAGCACCACCGAGCUGAUCCCCAGAGCUUCCACCCUCCAGAUGGGUAGGAAGCCUAAGCGUGGCAACAAGCGUGCCUUCGUCCAGAGAAUUGCUACGUCUCUCAAGAUCCAAUACAAGCAGGCCCUCUCGUUCGUGAACGCCUACUCGGACGCAGUAAUUCAAGGAGUUCGCGAAGAUGGCCGUUCGAUUCUCCCCAACAUCGGCUGUCUCUCCAGGGCGUUGCGCAAUCCACGGUCGCAGCUAGACAUCAAUGAGGCUAACAUGAGGUCGGGCGGUGGUAUGGCCCAGCGCAAGUACAAGAAGGCCUACAUCAAGUUCGCGUCCAAACAGGUGGUUCGCAAGAUGUUUGAGGAGGUCGUCGACGAGAGCACCUGGAACCCACAGAGCACCUUCACCUCGUCCAGAGAGCCUUCGCCUCCAGCAGCAGCGCCAGCCUCGACGAGUGGCCAGCCGUGAUCG